AUGGGGAUUAGCCAAGGAAAGAGGCAGGAGACUAUACAGAAGGAAAGGAAGGAGAACCAGAGAAAAAAAAAAAAACAGAAAAGCAGAGCACGAACCAAACAGAGAAAAACACAGAAAAAGGAAAGAAAGGGAAGACAGGGGCAGGUUGAAGCAGAGGAAAGGGAAGGCAAAAUUCCUUCACAACUUCGGCAGCCGCAAACAACAAACGAAAACCGGAGGGAGCACAGAAGAUCGAUCAAAUACCAGAAGCACGGGAAUCAACCAUUCGCAGAAUCACAAGAACAAAGAAGAAAGAAGGAGAAAAACGUGCAGUAG